GACGUGUUAAUAAUCUGCAAUAUUGUUGACGUUUUUGUUUUUGGUUGCGUGUAGUUCAUAGUGAAUUUGAGUAAAUUAUUUCAAAGAAAAUGGAAUUCUUCAAGUCAAUUCCAACACACAUAGACUAUGUCGGGCAAGCUAAAGCUGAGAAAUUGUACAGAGCAAUCAUUACAUUGUUCAGCAUUGUUGGAUUUAUUUGGGGUUAUAUAGUUCAACAAUUUUCACAAUCUGUAUACAUCUUGGGCGCCGGCUUCCUGCUGGCAGCAAUUCUGACGGUUCCACCGUGGCCAAUGUACCGCCGCAACCCACUGAACUGGCAGAAUCCGAGAAAUACCGAAGAAAAAUCAACGUCGAGCAAGAAAGGAAAAAAAUAACUAACUUAAAAUUCCAUUUAUUCAACGUAUUUAUGUGUACUACGCAUUUCUCAAAUAAAUAGCAUUUAAGGUU